AAUAUAUCCACAUGACUCAGUUCCCGCUAACAUUAACAUGGCAAAGCCAAAUCCCCAUAUCCUUCACUACUUUUUCUCUCUUUUUUGCUUGUUGCUCUUCACGUGCGGCUGUUCAUCACGCCAGUUGCCACGCCAGCAAAGCGAGUUCAACGAGUGCCAACUCGAUAGCAUAGAUGCAUUGGAACCCGACAACCGCAUCGAGUCCGAAGCUGGAUUGACUGAGAUAUGGGACGCCAACCACCCCGAGCUACGCUGCGCUGGUGUUUCUGUUCUCAAGCGCACUAUCAAUGCCAAUGGCCUUCACCUGCCAUCUUACGUUACAUAUCCUGAACUUCAUUUCGUAGAACAAGGAACGGGAGUGUUAGGAAUGGCAAUUCCUGGUUGUGCGGAGACAUACGAAGAGCCACAGUGGGAGAGAAGAGGAAGGCCACAACUACAACAGGACCGUCACCAGAAAGUUCGUUACGUGAAGCAGGGUGACCUUAUCGCUAUUCCACCAGGAGUUCCUUACUGGACCUACAAUUACGGAAAUACCCCUCUCAUUAUUAUUACUCUCCUAGACACCUCCAACCCUCUAAACCAACUCGACCGAACCCCCACUAGAUUCUAUCUUGCUGGAAAUCCAGAAACAGAGAAACAGAGUGGAAGAAAACGCGGUCAAGAAGAAGAAGAAGAAGAAAGUAACAACAUGUUUAGUGGCUUUGAUUCAAGAUUCUUAGGACAAGUUUUGAAAGUGAAAGAAAGCAUCAUUAGGAAACUUCAGUCUCCAGAUAAACACAGGAAGCACCAAAUCAUUGAAGUGAAAGGAGGUCUCAGCAUUAUUAGGCCACCGUUAGAGCCAGAAAUCAGAUCAGAAGAGGAGGAAACACACCGAAGGCAUACAGAAAAGAGAGUAGAAGAAAGAGAGGAAGAAGUGGAAGAUGAACCUUGUAAACGAGAACAUCGUGAAUGGCGAAGAGAGAGAAGAACACACGGAGAAGGAGAAGGUGAAGGUGGAUGUGAAGGAGAAGAAGAGGAAGUGGUAGAGGAGAAAGAAACAAAAACUAAAGAGCGUCGUCGCCAUGGUGAAAGAGAAGAGAAACAAACAAGAACAACAACGAGAGAACGCGAGGGGCAAAAAGAUAAUUCACUUGAAGAAACCGUUUGCACUUUGAAGCUUCACGAAAAUAUCGCGGAUCCUUCACGCGCCGACGUUUUUAACCCAAGAGCCGGUCGUAUAACCACAGCCAACAGUUUGACUCUCCCAGUUCUUAAAUCUCUCCAUCUUAGUGCCCAAUGGGUUAACCUUUACAAGGAUGGUAUAUUUGUGCCGCAUUGGAACAUGAAUUCGAACGGUGUGAUGUACGUAACGAGAGGGAAAGGGAGGGUUCAAGUGGUAAAUAACGAAGGGAAAUCGGUGUUCAAUGGAGAGGUAGGAAGAGGUCAAUUGUUGGUGGUGCCACAAAACUUUGCGGUGGCAAAACAAGCGGGGAAUGAGGGAAUGGAAUACGUAGCUUUUAAAACGAAUGAUAGAGCUGAAAUAAGUACAAUGAUAGGGCGUAAUUCGGCAAUUAGUGCAACACCAGGGGAGGUUCUUGCUAAUGCUUUUGGGCUUAGUCCAGAGGAAGUUAUUGCGCUGAAGAAUAAUCGUAACGAGGGUGUUUUGGCUACUCCUGAUUCUAGAAUCCAGGAUGGUUAUAUAGCCAUGCUGUAAUCUCGCAUAACCUUUCAAAUAAAGGACUACUUUUUCUUUUUUUUGUCGUAAAAGAAAAUAGUGGUAUAUGCAAUUUAACAGAUUUCCUAAGUAAUAACAACAGUAUUUUAUAAAUAAAAUAAAAGUAUUAAGUUA